CUGCGUCAUCUCCUAGCGACAGCUCACAUGUUGACAGCAGCAAUAGCAGAGAAGAGUUUUUAAUUAGGUACGUUUAUCUGAGGAGUCUACAUAAACUCGUUUAGUCGUCAACUAUAAAGUCACGGUGUUCCGGUCUGCUAACGAAAAUACAUUUUAUUCAGCGCUCUUUCUUCCGGGAUCAAAUAAUUUUACUGCGGCUCUGAUCACAACAAUCUGGUGUUGAGGAAGGUGGAGAACAUUGUACUCAAGUAAGAGCAACACUACUUAAACGUAUUUUUACUCAAGUAAAAGUAAAGCCGAGCUAGAAAUUACUCGAGUGAAAAAGGUUUUCAGUUCCUGUACAGAUUCAUCUUCCUGUCCUGCCCAAAGGUUUUCCCUCCAACUGAACUUCCUCUGCUCACUCAGCCAUGAGCGACAGUGACGACGUUCCCACCCUGUCCGCUCACACUCUGGCUGCCCUGAAGGAGUUCUACAACGAGACCCGAACCGGUCCUGAUCAGGACGGGACGCCGUCUGACCCGUUCACCGUGGGAGCCGUGGAGGAGGACUGGCGGAUGAGUCAGUUCUGGUACAGUGACGAGACGGCAGCGGUGCUGGCGGAGGAGGCGGUACGGCAAGCCGGAGAGGGCGGCAGGAUAGCGUGUGUGAGCGCACCCAGCGUCUACCAGAAGCUGAAGCAGGGCGUGGUGGACGGCUCCGACAGGGUGUCGGCUGUUGUGCUGGAGUACGACCGCCGCUUCACCGCCUACGCCGACGACUUUGUCUUCUACGACUACAACGAGCCGCAGUCCCUCCCCUCCAGCGUGGCGCCGCGGAGCUUCGACAUUGUCCUCGCCGACCCGCCUUACUUAUCCGAGGAGUGUCUGAGCAAAGUGGCCCAAACCGUUCAGUACCUGAGCAAAGGCAAAGUGCUGCUGUGCACAGGAGCCAUCAUGGAGAAUGUUGCCAAAGAACUGCUGGGGGUAAAAAUGUGCAGCUUUUUGCCCAAACACAACAGGAACUUGUCCAACGAGUUUCGAUGUUUCGUCAACUAUCCUUCGGACCUGCUGUGCAGCUGAGGAAGCGGGAACCCUGGACACCCGCUGUUUCCAGGAGGACGAGCUUAAAGACGGCACUCAGAACAGCAGGGAGGAAGAGGAAGUGGACAAUUUGCCAUGAAAUCGAUUAACAGAAUCGCAAUCUGCUACUGUCAUUAGACUAGACAUUACAAGUUAUUUUUUUCAAAGAUAUUAUCUUAGCAAAACCCACGAAGUGUUUUCAACUUUUAUGAUGCAUUUUUCAUUCUUUAUAUCAAAGCAAGAGCUUUUUUCUGCUCUCGUGUCUCAGUGGAUCUACCUCAAAAAGGGAAAUCAGACAUUUUCACAUUCAACACAUUUGUUUUCUCCAUUAAACCGAUGCUGAAAAGUUGCAAAUCAUACCUGAGUCACGUGACUGAACCCGAGCUCUAGUAGCUUUUCAUUUGAGUUGUCUUUCACAAAUAUCAGAAAUAAACAUUUCCAAUAGUCAACACUUUAUAUCUGACAGUAUAAAAAUAAUAGUUAAGUUGAAAUAAAACAUUUUUUCCCAUUAUGCACUAA